AAAACCAGAGAGCUCGCACAGAGACGAUAGAGAGAGAGAGAGAUGCAGCUAGUGAAUGCGGUGGCGGUGGUGAGAAUGGCGGCGAGGGCGGCGGCGAUGGGGGCAGAGGAACCAGGACCGAUUGCGUUCGGAUCGGUGUGGUUCUUCAUAUACGCAGGGAUCUCGUGUGGACUCGUUCUUUUCGCCGGAAUCAUGUCCGGCCUCACCUUGGGCCUCAUGUCCCUCGGCCUCGUCGAGCUCGAGAUCCUCCAGCGCAGCGGCACUGCUUCCGAGAAGAGGCAAGCAGCUGUUAUCCUUCCGGUUGUUCAGAAGCAACACCAGCUUCUUGUAACUUUGCUCCUGUGUAAUGCAUGCGCUAUGGAGGCCCUUCCCUUAUACCUGGAUAAGCUGUUCAAUCAGUUUCUUGCUAUUUUGCUCUCUGUAACUUUUGUUCUUUUUUUUGGAGAGGUUAUUCCACAAGCAAUAUGCACCAGAUAUGGACUUGCUGUCGGUGCAAAUUUUGUUUGGCUUGUGCGAAUUUUGAUGAUAAUUUGCUAUCCAAUUGCUUAUCCUAUUGGAAAGAUUCUAGACUGUGUAUUGGGACAUAACGAUGCGCUAUUUAGACGGGCUCAGUUGAAAGCUCUUGUCUCCAUCCACAGCCAGGAGGCUGGUAAGGGCGGUGAACUCACGCAUGAUGAGACAACGAUUAUUAGUGGAGCACUAGAUUUAACUGAGAAGACUGCUGAGGAGGCUAUGACGCCCAUUGAGUCAACAUUUUCCUUGGAUGUGAACUCGAAAUUGGAUUGGGAAGCAAUGGGAAAAGUUCUUGCUCGAGGCCAUAGUCGAGUUCCUGUUUAUUCUGGAAAUCCAAAAAAUAUUAUUGGACUUUUACUGGUGAAGAGUCUUCUUACAGUACGACCGGAAACGGAGACCCCUGUCAGUGCUGUUUCCAUUCGAAGGAUUCCACGGGUUCUUGCUGAUAUGCCUCUAUAUGACAUAUUGAAUGAGUUUCAAAAGGGUGGCAGUCAUCUGGCAGCUGUGGUGAGGGCUAAAGGGAAAAAUAAAAUCUCCCCAUCAACUGUUAUUAAAGAAAAAGCUGAAGAGAACAAAGUUGCUACCAGGGACUCUCAAUUAACUACUCCUUUGCUAUCCAAGCAAGAUCAGAAGCCAGCAAGCGUUGUUGUUGACAUUGAGAAGGCUCCAAAGCCUCCCAUUGGAAAUAGGCAUACGACUUUUCACCAUAAUGAUGCAUCAACAAAUGGACUGCCUCAUAUGUCAGAAGAUAUUGAAGAUGGUGAGGUAAUUGGGAUCAUCACCUUGGAAGAUGUGUUUGAAGAACUUCUGCAGGAGGAGAUUGUAGACGAGACGGAUGAAUUUGUUGAUGUACACAAAAGGAUACGUGUGGCUGCAGCUGCGGCUGCUUCAUCAAUGGCACGUAUCCCAUCAAUUCGGAGGUUAACCGGCCAUAAGGGACCUGGAGGCCAAAAUAAGCAUGGACUAACCACCCCAAAGAAGUCUGCAGAGGAAAGAUAGAAAUGCAACGAGGGUUAUUGUUGAAUGGCACAGGACAAACAUGGUGGAAAGUGAUAGGAGAGGAAGCGACAUGGAGGCAACUCAUAGAUCAAAACCAUUGGAAUGUUGUUAUUUAUAAAAGAAGGGCAAGUUUUUUUAGAAGUACAAUAAUGGGGCUUGGUAGUGGUGGAUGUGACUAACUGAGACACCAGAAUCACAACAUCCCCUUUAAAGAAACAACAUAGGAGAGAGAGAAAGAGUUUUGAAGAAGAAAAUUGUUUGAGACCACUAAAACAAUGAGCUCUAAUAGCUCUAAAAACACUGUGCCCCUAAUUGAUUUGAUGUUUUGCUC